AGAGAAGAGAUUCGGGGCUCCUUUGCUCCCUUUUGUCUUUCUGUCGUCGAUUUUUGCGGUGGUCGUCGGUAUUUAGCGGAGGAGGAGGAGGAGGAGAAGGAGGGGGGGACGACUGCCGUCUCCCUCGUUUCUAAAAGCGGAAUGACGACGCUCGGCGAGGCCGAUAAUCGUCCGCGAGGCGCUCGGUGAUCCCGACGGAGGCGCGCUCCGGAAUAGCCCGAGGACGAGGGCGAGGGGGGGGGGCAUCAUCUUCCUCCGUCAACAGUUUGAGGGCAUACGCAGGAUGCAUCGGGACGCCGGACCUGUGACGCUUAAGCAUCAAACGAGGACGUGGCGUGCUAGCUGAACGUCCGCCUCUCCUUCCUCAGUGUGACAAAGGCCCGGCUCACAGGACAGUAAAGGCAGCCACGCCGCGAGCUCCCCGGGCACGGCCAUGUCGGUGGCGCCAGGGUCGUGGAUCGAGGCAGGAAGGAACUGACAGUCUUGAUAACGUCUUCAUCGUCAACAGGCCCCGCGGUCCUGACCUGGACAUUUCCGUUUCGUCGGGGUGUCUCUCGGAGUUAAGCUCUGGAAUGCGAGAUUAGGGGCACGACUCCGUCUCGGCGUCCAGCGAAGGACGUUGCGGUUUGGACAUUUGACUCAAUCCGGUGCCUUCUCUGGAACGAGUCGUGACGUGUUCGACCUGUAAGAGCCCACCCGUCUCAGAGCGACGUGUCAGAGUUGGGACGACGCGCUCAACAGGGGGGCAAAUCUGUCCUGCCAAGCUAUGUGAAAGGGGUUAUGUAUGCUUUCAGCUAUGUUUUCAUCUCACUGCGAAGGAGCUGCUACACUUUAAAACAAUAACAGCCUCUAGUCAGGCGCUCCCUCGCUCUCGUUCUCUGUCUUGUCGAAUGAGAUAUCGCCUCGGCGAGCGGGGGGGUCCAUGUUUUAAUAAAGGAUAAGCGAGGACGGACGGAUAAACCAUAAAUGAGGCCGAGAACGAGCACUAUGCUCCAGCAGAAUAACAACAACAACUACCCCUGCCUCAAUGCAUCUGGCUCCUCCAGGGAGACGCUCCACAAAUGUACUCGGGGAGUCCUGCCCUUCCCCGCCCGGCUGGAGCUGGGCCUCGGUGACCUACCCCUGGUGAGAGGGCUCCGGGCGUGGGCCCUGUGCUCCAAGAACCGUCGAAAGCCCGGUGGCGGGCCGUCUGGAGGGGGACGUGCCCCGACAGCCCCACCUGUCAGCCGCAGAAAUUCCGACGUGUAUCCCAGCGGGGAGUGGGGUCACAUGGGGUAUGGGCUCCCUCUGGGCCUGGAUGCCCGGCAGGCCGGCAUAGGAGCUCUGGUGACCGUUGCCACUCUGAAGACAUCGGAGGGAGGCGGGAAGACCCAGACGCAAUGCCUGUUCCUCCGGACAGAGAGGGGGAGCUGCCUCUACUCCACCGCCAAGCCCGGAGCUCACUCCCCGGGCGUGGGUCCAGGCAUCUCCCCCACAGGGGCUCCCACACCAGUUGGGGGCUGGUUGAGAGGGAAAGUUGGGAGGGGAUCAGGAGGAGGCAGGGACGGCUCUGACAGAAGGAGGGACAAUGGACUACCCCCGCCACCUCAGAGUGGAGCAAGCCGUAUUAAAAUGCGGUCAGGGCGGAAAUGGAGGAAGUCCUGUUGCGCAACUGGCCCUGGACAGGAGAAAGGAGGGCCCAGCGUGGAAAAGCGGAGCGGGAAGGAGACGGCCGGAGAGCUCAUUGUGGAAGAGAGGCGAGAAGAGAAAGACAAAGGAAGCCUCCUCGACAAUAACAACCUGAACUGUAAACAGUUUCCUGGCCUACAGCACAGCAGCAGACAGGAGAGAGUAGGAGCAAACGGGAGCCCCAGUUGCUGCCAUAGCACCUCCCCAAAGAGCUGCUCUACCCAGUGCCUCCGGAGGGUGGAGCGUGGGGUUCAGCGAGCCCACGAGGGAGACGCAGGUCAAAGGUCGGGUGGGUGCACUCUAGACAUGCAGAGCGACAAAGCAGAGGAAAGGAGUAAGGAGACCCAAGAGAGGAAUGAGGAGGAGACGGACGACGGCGAAGAAGGAAAGGAGGCGAGGCCUAGUCCUGUUGAGUUGGACCCCGACCUGGAAAUGAACUACUUUUACCCACAAACACACAGCAGCUACAGGGUUGGAGAAAGGAGCAGAGAGGAGGAGGAGGAGGAGGGCAGUGAGGAGACACAAGCCUCCUGCAGUGAAGAUGUCCACUCACAGGACAAGGAAGAUGGCAGCUCCCACGUGAGAGCCUGUGAGAAUAUGAAAACAUCCACAAGAGACUGCAAUACCCUCAACAGACACUCCCAGCUGGUUGACGUCAGCAAGGACUUUUUGUCAAGACCCGACAGAGGAGCCGAAGGCAGCGAGGAGGUCACACUGACCUGCUGGAGUAAUGGCGAUGGCGAAACGGACAAAAUAAAUGGAUACGAUGCUCAACCGGCGCUAGACACAGAACCAGAACCGGAGUCUGAGAGUUGCAACGGUUGGGAGGAGACUGGAGAAAGCAAGAGCUGGACAUCCACUCCGUCUUCAGAGAAGCGUUGUGUUUCCGGAGAAGGAUGUCCUCCUCAUUCCUCUUUGUCCUCCUCCGUCUAUGUUAUGCAUCCCUCUCCAGACUGCUCUGAGACAUCCAGGCCUGUAGAGGGCAGCAACUCCACCGAAGAACAUGCAGUUGGCAGGGGAGAGGAGAGGUGUCGACUCUCAAACACUGAGCUAGCUCAUGGGGAGAAGGUGAAUGAGAGACUUAAAGAGGAGGGGGAGGAUAGAGUCGUUCCACAGGACUGUAGCGAUGAGGGAAAGACUGUGAAGGAGGAGCGCGGGUUAAAUCAACCGACGCAUACACUCCCAACCGAGACGGACCCACAGGUCGACAAAUUAACAUCAGGGGAGGAGAAACGGGGGAAGGAAAGGAAUGCCGGGACCACCACUGAGGAGGAAGAAAAGAGGAGAGGGAAGGGAGGCGAACUGAACACAGGGACGGAGAAUGAGAGGAGAAACGUGUCAGAGAAAGAAAAGGAAGGAGAGGAGCUAGAGAAAGAUGAGGGAAGGAGAAAAGGGGAAUCUGAAGAGGGAAUCUGGAGAAAGGUUCAAGAUGACGGUUUUGAAGGAGGUGAAGAGAGGAGCAGAGACGAAGAGAGGCAGAACGCGGAGGUAUGCGGAAACUGUACAGCCAAAGGCGACAAAAAGGCACAGGAGUUGUUGGAGGGGCGGGAAGCGGAUGAGAAGCAUUCUCCCAAGCUGUUAGAGGAGGAAAGGAGAGGAGCAGGAGGAGAAGUGGGGGACGCGGUGGACAGUGGAAACAUCGGCGGCUCCCUCUUUCAAAAUCCUGCCUCACUAAGUUCUGCUAGGGCUGCACGUGCUAACCCUGCCGGUUCUGCCCCCUCCACCUCCUGCAAAUGCACCCUGGCUAAUCCUGCCCCCCUCCCAUCCCCGCUGGGAGCCAUGGUAACGGGCCUGCCCCGUCUGGGGGUGGUGGUGGGGGAGGGCAGGGGGGUGGAGAGAGAGGGAGAAGGGGGCAGAGAAGUAGCAGGGCCGGCGAGCGGCGAGGAGGAACACGCGGAGAGGGACAGGGAGCAGGGCAGCGCCGUGGCCACCCGGCCGGGGGAGCUGCAGAAGGAGGGGACGGAGGAAGAGGAGGAAGAUGAGUUUGGUGUUUUCAUGCAGGCCGAGGAGGAGCUGGCGUGGAGCGAGGAGUUCACGAUGUCUGCCUCAGUGCCUUGUGGGAGCAGAGGGAGCACCGCACUUGAAAAUCAUGCCAUUACCGGAGAGUCUAGCCACUGGUUGCCAGGUUUGACGGACGGCUCCCUCAGCCAAUCAGAGGACGCCUGGGCCGCCUUCCCUCAGGACUCGUUGGAUGACGGUGCCGACACAGCGGGGCAGUGGUGGCCAGUAAACGCCGUGGAGGAGAGGAGGGACAGACUGUCAACCAGUCAGAAUCCGGUACAGCGGCCUAAUAAACCGGCUAAUCUAUUUAAAGUGGCCUCUGUGUUUGUGGAGGCCUUCCCCUCCCUGCCCGGCGUCUCCUCCUGUGACCCCGACACCGUUCCCACGCUAACGCAGCUCCUCGGCGGCAGCCAGUACCACGCCGGGACCGGUCAGGACCAGGGGUUACUGGACAGUUUCCACGACCUCAACAGAAUGAUUGGCCAGCGUUACAAGAGAGCGAGUGGCGUUUCCCGAGACCUGCUCCUGAAGGCCCUGCGCCUGCACCAGGACCGCACUGAGGGCAGAACCGGCCCCCAGCCGGCCAAUCGCCGGCUCUCCCCUGGCCUCCCUUCAGCCAACCGGCACGCUCAGCACGCUGCUGCGAAGCGACGGCUGUCGUACGACUACAACAGAAACGUCAUGGAGUAACGCCCCGGUCCGGACCGCCUGGUCGGCACUUCCCGGUUGCGAGUACUGUGGACCUGCUCAGAAACUCUGGCGACCCAGUGUGUGUACUAUCUGCUAGAUCUUCUCUGGACUCUGCUACCGGCCGACCCUUCUGACCCCUCUCCCCCGGUCGUUCCGAGUUUUAAUCACUGAACAGACGUUUUACCUGCUGACAAAUGACGUUUUCAAAUAAAUCUCUAUCUGCUUCUCUUCGCCCAGACACGUGCCGCAGGGUCCGGGCCCUUCUUUUAUCCGUCUCAUCACAGAAACACAGCCGAGGGGCAGGUUGCCAGCGGUUCCGGGGGACACGACGCCAUGCUGAAGGAUCCUUACAACAACAACAACAACAACAAAAAAUGUACAAUAAGUGUAUUUUUUUCAAGUAUACUUUAAGUAUAAUAAGGAGCCAUGGUGUCCUUUGUAACCGUUGGUAACCGCUCUGGAGACAUUCCCAGUCGGGCCUGCACUAUCCGUCAAGGAUUUCCCUCCUCCAAAACGGACCCUCACAUAUAUCCAAGCACCCAGGACAGCAGACACGGGGUUAGGAAUCUCAUUUCCGACCCCCCGCCUUGCUGGGAGAAAGGCCACUUCUGAGGAGCCAGCUGAGGGAUUCUUGCUCCGCCAGCGGGGGCUGCGGGGAGUCGCCAGCGGAGAGGCCGAGGGCGUCUCCCGCAGUUUGUGUCGUUUGCGUUUUACCUUUCAGAAGGACACGUGUAUGUUUGCUGUGUGAAAUUCCCACCUGCAUCUCAGACGAUUGGGUCCAAAAUAAAAGCCCCGCCGGGGUCCUCUUGAAAACGAAUUUGUCUUCCAGUCAGUGCCA